AAGGGACUGUGGCUCGGCACAGAGACUGUAGCGGUAGAGCGCAGUCAGUCGGUCGUCGUUCCUGUCCUUUCCUGUCUGCCGUGUCUGCCGGCGCCCUUCCGCUGCAGUCACCGAACUGCUUGCUGUGCAGCCUCGCUACCAUGAAAGUCUGGCUGGCUUGCCUGCUCCUUUGCGCCUUGGUGGUGAACGACUCUGAAGGUCUCUUGCAGGGUCUCCGUGAGCCUGGAGCUUCUAAUGAAUCAAACUGUGGCUGUCUGAACGGAGGAAUAUGUGUGUCCUACAAGUACUUCUCCAGCAUUCGCCGAUGCAACUGCCCAAAGAGAUUCCAAGGGGAGCACUGUGAGAUAGACACGUCAAAAACCUGCUAUCAUGGAAAUGGUCAGUCUUACCGGGGAAAAGCCAACACUGACACCAACGGCCGACCCUGUCUGGCUUGGAACUCCCCUACCGUCCUUCGGAAAGCCUACCAUGCCCACAGACCCGAUGCUCUUAACCUCGGCCUGGGGAAGCACAAUUACUGCAGGAACCCUAACAACCAUAGGCAACCCUGGUGCUAUGUGCAGAUUGGCCUAAAGCAGUAUGUCCACGAAUGCAUGGUGCCUGACUGCUCUGCUAGCCAUAGGCUCCCUUCUUCUCCACAUCAACAAGAGUUCCAGUGUGGCCAGAAGACUUUAAGGCCCCGCUUUAAGAUUAUUGGGGGAGAAUCCACUGUCAUUGAGAACCAGCCCUGGUUUGCAGCCAUCUACAGGAAGAACCAGGGAGGAAGUCCUCCCAUCUUUAUAUGUGGUGGUAGCCUCAUCAAUCCUUGCUGGGUCACCAGCGCCACACACUGCUUCAUCAAUAACCCAAAGAAGGAAGACUAUGUUGUCUACCUGGGCCAGUCAAAGCGGAAUGCCUUUAAUCCAGGAGAAAUGAAGUUUGAGGUGGAGCAGCUCAUCUUGCACGAGGACUAUAGUUCUGAUAGCCUGGCCCACCAUAAUGAUAUUGCCUUGCUGAAGAUCCGUACCAGCAUGGGUCAAUGUGCACAGCCAUCCCGGUCCAUUCAGACCAUCUGCCUGCCCCCAAGUUUUCGUGACGCCAGUUCUGGUUCAGACUGUGAGAUCACUGGCUUUGGAUACGAGAAUGUCUCGGACUAUAUUCACCCAAAGGACCUGAAAAUGGCUGUUGUGAAGCUUGUUUCCCAUGAACAGUGUAUGCAGCCCCACUACUAUGGCUCUGAAAUCACCUAUAAAAUGCUCUGUGCUGCCGACCCACAGUGGAAAACAGAUAGCUGCCAUGGAGACUCUGGAGGACCUCUUGUCUGUGACAUCAAUGGCCGCCCAACUCUGGCUGGGAUUGUGAGCUGGGGCCGUGGAUGUGCAAUGAAAAACAAGCCAGGUGUCUACACGAGGGUCUCCCAUUUCCUCGACUGGAUUCAAGCCCACAUUGGAGAAGAGAACCGCCUAGCCUUCUGAUGGCCCCCGGCAGCUGAGAGAAGAAACAGAUGAACCGCUCAUUUCCAUGGUUCCGUCACUCCACAGCGGCGUCCUCUCUAUCAAAGAGAAGAAACAGAUGGACCACUCAUUUCCAUGGUUCCGUCACCUCCACAGCGGCGUCCUCUCUAUCAAAUGUAGGGAAGAAGUUAGGACAGGCUCUGCGUUGUUUGCUUGUGCUGCCCACCAGGGUGAGUGCCAAUAGCUUCACCCUCAGCACAGGCCUGGGUGCUGGCCACCCAGACGCCCUGGCCAGCAUGGAAAGUUGGUCUUGACUCAGGAUGACACUGACCAAGAGUUGUUUUUCUGGACUAAAGCCAUCUGAAGUUAUUAAAACGUCUCCUGUGCAAGUGUAGGGGGAGAGCUGGUUUCCCUAACGGGUCAUUCAUGAGGUCUGCUGUUGGGAAAGAAUGAUUUCCCAAUUAGGAAGAGUAACAGCUGAAGUAUUUUGAGGGGGCUUGUCCAAUAUGAGAACAGUGGCUUGAAGUCGAGACACUGAUGGCUUGAGACCGGCUCUAGCAUUCCACGAAUGGAUCAGGGAAAUGUGUGUGCAUAUGUUUGCUCACUGUGCACAGGCUGUGAGUGUGAGCCCGAGCAGAAGCUGCUGUGUUCCUGUGUUUCCCUACACUCUGGACUGUGACACCCAUGUGAAUGGAUCAUUCUCAGGCAUGACCCGUGACCAGCACUAAAUGUCUGUUUCUCUUUUUAUCUCGACGUCCACUUCUUGGCCAGUUAUCUUUUUUACUUAUUAUCCUGGUUCAUCCAAACCUCACUGGGUGGGGUAAGGACCACUCCUAUAUACUUAAUAUUUAAUAAUUAAUUAUA